GUACUCUAAAGUAAAAGAAUGACAAUAUUAUUAUGAAAAUAGAAGAUCCGUGACAUGACAGUGAAGGAAACGGAGGAAACAAUGGCGGAGAAAGGUUCCUCCGGUGGUGGUGAAGUCUUGAUCUCCGAUCCUCAACUUACUUCUGAGACUCUGAAUUUCAUUGGAAAAUUUGGCAUGUCCAAACCAAUUCCUCAAAUUUGCAACAAUACAACUGGUUUCUAUUCCCAUUUCUUUGGAACUUUCAUCAAGGUCGAUCUCAUCCAACGUGGACGAAUCUCUUGCACUCUUUCUGUCAAACCCCAAAUCUCUAAUGCUUUUGGAACACUGCAUGGUGGGUCUGUUGGUUCUGUGGUUGAGUUGCUGUCAAUUGCUUGCGCUAGAACUGUUGUUGCCGAAGACAAGGAACUUUUUCUUGGGGAAAUUAAUGUCUCAUAUCUCUCGGGUGCUCCAACAAAUGCAGAAGUUGCAGCUGAUGCCUCAGUGGUGAAAAGUGGAAGAAAUGUGACUAUGGUUGCACUAGAGUUUAAGCUGAAGAAGAAUGGGAAUUUGCUUUAUAUUGCUCAUGCUACCUUAUAUAACAUCCCGGUGGCAAAAUUAUGAAACAAGUAUUCUAUAUUUUCCAAUAUGGAUUCAUGCUAGUUCUAUAUUUAGAGUGCUGUGCUCUCGUGUGUUAUUGCCAUAUCAGGUUUAGUUUUUUCAAAGUAUAUAUAAUCGGGUGAGUAGCAUAGUUUGAUGAAAUUGAUUAUAAUUCAAUUGUUAAUAUUAUAAUGCUAGAUCAAUGUAUUACCAAAAGAGACCGAAGCAUUUAGUGUUUUGGAAGAUAUGUUGGCUGCAUGAGUUAGGAGUUCACAGAGAGUUACCAUCGACACGGAUUGCAAGUUAGUAAAUGAUGGCAUCUAUUAGCUUCAUCAAAAGACAAGUCAACCUUAUUGCCCACACGCUUGAUAGGGUGUCAAAGUCUUAUGUUAGUUCCCAAACAUUUGAUUUGAGUCCAAACGUGUGUUAUUCACAAUUCAUAUAAAUAAUCAAGUCUUUUGGUUGUAAGGCCAA